CUUUGGCUGCUGCGUCAUCUUAUCAGGAAGAAGAAACGCUUCACUUUACAGAGAGCGGACAAACGAGGGUCUUAUGCUGCAUGAAAAAACAAGCCUCUGAGCUCCACACCUACCACAGUCUACUCAUCAGUGCAUUAUGCCUGAUGAGAUGUCAAGGCCUUUAAUCCGUGGAGGAGGCUCCAGACAUCUCGAAGCGUCCAUGUCUGAAGCUGGCGCUCCAGUUAUUGGCAUCCUGGGGACGGGUGACUUCUCCCGCUCCCUGGCGAGAAGGCUGGUGGCCUCCGGCUACCAGGUGGUAGUUGGGAGUCGAAACCCCAAACGCUCUGCGGCUUUGUUCCCUGAAGAGGCCGAGGUGACGUCUCAGAUGGAGGCAGCCAGCCAGGCAGACCUGGUGUUUGUGGCCGUGUUCCCGGAGCACCACUCCACGCUGGUGGAACUGAAGCCGGCGCUCGCGGGAAAGACACUGGUGGAUGUCAGCAACGGUGUGCGAAUCAACCGAGACGGGCCCUCGUAUGCCGAGCAGCUGGCCGACCUGUUUCCAGAGAGCUCUGUAGUCAAAGGGUUUAACACCAUAUCGGCGUGGACGCUCCAGAGGGGGCCUCGGGAUGGAAGCAGACAGAUUUUCCUGUGCAGUAACAGCAGCAAGGCCAAGAGCUCUGUGAUGCAGCUCUGUCGCAGAAUGGGCUUCGUCCCCGUCGACAUGGGCCUCCUGUCCUCUUCUCUUGAGAUCGAAAACCUCCCCCUCCAUCUGUUUCCCUCCUGGCGCCUCCCAGUCCUCUGCACCCUGUCCCUGUUCAUCUUCUUCUACGUGUACAACUUCCUCCGGGACGUCCUGCAGCCCUACGUCAAAGCAGGGAAGAGCGUUUUCUACAAAAUGCCCAUCGAGACCGUGAAUGUCACUCUGCCCUCCGUGGCUUUGGUGAUGCUCUCCCUGGUCUACCUGCCUGGUUUGUUGGCCGCUUUCCUCCAGCUGUUGUCGGGCACCAAGUACAAUCGCUUCCCGAACUGGCUGGACCGAUGGCUAACCGUCAGGAAGCAGUUCGGGCUGUGUAGCUUUCUAUGUGCGGCUCUCCACGCCGUCUACAGUCUGUGUCUCCCCAUGAGGAAGUCUGCUCGCUUCAAACUGCUCAUGGCUUUUAAACAGAUGAAGGAGGGCGGCGCGGAGGACUUGUGGAAUGACGAGGAGGUGUGGCGGAUGGAGCUGUACCUCUCAGUGGGCAUCAUGGCCCUCGGGCUGCUCUCUCUGCUGGCUGUCACCUCGCUGCCCUCAGUGGCCAACGCUGUCAACUGGAGGGAGUUCAGCUUCAUACAGUCCACAUUAGGUUACUGCGCCUUGUCCAUGGCCACCCUCCACACGCUCCUCUUUGGCUGGGACCGAGCCUUCGAUUUCGCCCAGUACCGCUUCUGCCUGCCUCCCACCUUCAUGCUGGUCUUGUUUCUUCCCCUGGUGGUUCUUCUGGGCCGCCUGGUUCUCUUGGUGCCCUGCGUGGCCCUGCGGCUCAGGCAGAUCCGCCGCGGCUGGGAGAAGAGCCGACACAUCCGCUUCACCCUGCCAGACGACGACUGCCGCAACGGGCUGGAGGAUGUCAGCAAUGUGUGAGAGACACUGUAAGAUGUGGAGAUAAAUGAUUUACAGAGCGGUGGAAUGUAUCGACGGCUCCUCUCUGAGAGAUCCAGAGACGUCUGAGCCUCUUUAACCAAUCAGCUGGUAGUUCCUUAGAGAUAUUUGAGCAGUAGAGCGGCGGCCGUCAACCUUAUUGCACUAUGCAUCGUCACUAAUGAGUAUAGUUUGUCCUUAUGCUUCUGAGUUUAAUUUAUUAUGUGUUGGUACCUGCAGCUGAAGAAGAACACUAUCCUGGUUUCAUUUAAGCAAAACAGUCACUGUUAGACUUCUGAUGAACCUGCUGAAGACUUCAGCAGCAGGAGACUUCCUCUUAGCUUUUGCAUUCCUGUCACUUCAAGGUUUCGACGUUUUUGUCCUCUUCUUGCACUUCAGCCUGCUGCACAGAUCCUGAUCAGCCAGCCUUCAGUAGUUUGUAAACUUGCUAGAAUAGCAGCAGACGUGGUUUUGUUAUUUUUGCCGUCACCGUUGUGACAUCAGUGUUUCUUUUUUUAUUUUAGUACUUUGAAAAUUUAAUAUGUUGUCACAUUAAAACUGUUAGGGACUGUAUAAAAAUUAUUGGGAUGUUGAAGAGAGUGAACCUUAUGUUUCACUUAAAAAAACACAAAAAAAAAGCAAGACCCUCUCCGACACUAUUAAUAUAGUUUUUUGGACCCUCCCCUCAAUCUUUGCACCAAUCUGCUUAAGAUGAUAAGCCUCCGUGGGCAAAGGCCAGUAUUUCUGGAGUUAUAGCCGUAGCCAGCGGAUAUCCGGGCCUCCUUUGUACACCAGUUAUGUUUUGAUUAGCAACUUGAGACAUGUCCAAAUGACAUUUCAGCUAAUGUCCAUAAACGGAUCAAUGCAGAUAAAUUGUUGAAAAGCUACGUUUUCAUGAAAUGAUAGCCGAUGGAUUCGGGGAUAAUAACAAGGACCACAACAAUAAUAAAAACUUCAUUUAUAUACCGCGUUUUAAAGUUACAAAGAGCUUUGACAAACAAAGAAAACUGAGAAUUGGAUACAUAGAAAAAAUUACAGAAAGCCAGACAAUCCUAUUGAACACGGGCAAGUCGAAACUAGGGUAGAUUGAUGAUUGAUCAGAACUCCACAGACUAUAAAACAGACACCAAAAUGCUUCCAUUAACAAGUCUGGGACUGUAGCCCAAAUGUUGUGCAGCCAUAUGCAGAUAUCUGUUUAUAGAGAUAUCCCAAUAAGAGACACUCGUCCAAAAGAGAGACCUCAUUCAGAGUCGCCUGCCCAGUUGA